CGCCACCAGAUUUUUCCAAUUUCUAGAGUGAGAAAAACAAGAUAUGAUUUAGAGAGAGAAAAAAAGAAGCCAGGAGAAGUCGAAAUAACACGACUACUCAACACACACACAAAUAAAUGGCUCUGUAGCUGAAAAUUCCUCUCUCUUUCUCUUCUCUCUCUCACAUCACAUGUUCUGUAUAAGUGUAGAUAUGGCUCUUCCUCAGCUUAUUCCCUCUCCUUCCUCUUCUUACAAACCCACCUUAAACCCCAAUACCUUCUCUUCCUCUUCCUCAAACCCAGACCAGAUAUUCCUAUCCUCGAUCUGCCGCAGCUGCCGCCACCACCGCCGCAAGCCCAAUGCUCUCCGGUGCACGGCGUCGUCGUUCUCCGAGCGGCACUACGAUGGCUCGCCGAAGUCGGACGACGUCGUCGAGCUCCCGCUUUUUCCCCUCCCUCUCGUCCUCUUCCCCGGAGCGAUCCUUCCAUUGCAGAUCUUCGAGUUCCGGUACCGGAUGAUGAUGCAUACUCUCCUCCAGACCGACCUCCGCUUCGGCGUCAUCUACUCCGAUGCCGUCUCCGGCACCGCUGACGUCGGCUGCGUCGGCGAGGUCGUCAAGCACGAGCGCCUCGUCGACGACCGCUUCUUCCUAAUCUGCAAAGGCCAGGAGCGCUUCCGCGUGACUAACCUCGUGCGGACCAAACCCUACCUCGUCGCGAAGGUGACGUGGCUGGAGGACCGGCCGUCGGCGGACGGCGAGGAGGAUCUGAACGCGCUGGCGAACGAGGUGGAGUCGUACAUGAAGGACGUGAUUCGGCUUUCGAACAGGCUGGGAGGGAAGCCGGAGAAGGAGAUUCAGGAUCUGAGGAGGAACCUCUUUCCGACGCCGUUUUCGUUCUUCGUCGGAAGCACCUUCGAAGGGGCUCCGAGGGAGCAGCAGGCUCUGCUGGAGUUGGAGGACACGGCGACGAGGCUGAAGAGGGAGAAGGAGACUUUGAGGAACACUCUUAAUUACUUGACGGCGGCGUCGGCGGUCAAGGACGUUUUCCCCUCCACGUGAUUGUGAAAAUGCCAGAACCAGAAUCCGUCUGAGGUUAGUGUUGGGAAAUUAGAUUAAUCUUAUACAUAUAUCGGAAAGUGAAGGUGGAAGACUGAAGAGGGAAUUUGCUUGCAAUCUUGUGAAGUAGAGAUUGUAGGGGAAAAGUUUGUACAUUUUGAUGUGAAUACAAUCUGGCUCCAUCUUUGUUUCUGGAAUUUUAGAUUGUAUUGUUAGAUGUUGAGAGAAAUUGCGGGUCUUCUUUCAUAUACUCAAUGAAUAGUAACACAGUUGGAAAGGAAAGCCAAUUGGGUAUGCAGUAAGCUACUUUGCAAUUACAAUAUAUCAAUUUCUUGGUCUUUUCUUUUUAUUGGAGUCUCUGCCUAGUAAUCUAGCUUGAAACGAAGUACAAUAGAAAAAGAUUCUGUUGUCUGAAUUUGUUUCUUGUUGUGUUCAGUAAAAUUUACUUGACAUGAUCAUAAUUUAUAGCCAUUCAAGCUUACUACUUUUCAAACACUUAAAAAGAUGGUAUGCGGUACCUCGUUUACUUGCCCCUGUCCAUCUGAUUACUUUCUUUGUUUUCCAGUCAACAUAUCCGAGUUGAUUCUCUGUUUAGUGAGAGUAGAAAUGUAGAAUGACCAAACUGGCAUGACUAACCAGUUUCACUAACAUCAAGAUGAUUUAUUUUGUUGUAUAUUGCGCUAUGU